CAUUCACAUGCAAGCACUCUCACUACCUUCCUAGGUACUUACUAAUAUAAAGCAAAAACAAAAAAAGUAUACACAAAAAUAUUACUCGUCGUGGCGCAGGUUUUCGGUUUAUGGCAACAAUCAACUCAUCCUUCCUAUUUAGAUUGGUCGCAUAUGUAUUGUUACUUACCUUUCCCAUUUUUACUCCGCACCUAGCGAGUUUAGUUAGCAAUCUGUCGGUCGGUCAGUCAGCAUCUUUUUGUUUCCUUCAUUCGCACAGGUUAGCAUGGUUGGAGGCUGCGUAUAUUACACUUUGUUUGCGUGUAUUUUUGCAAAGGUUAUCAGGACAUUCCUGCUUCUGGAGGGAGCGGAGGAGAUACCAAAGCUUUUCGUUUUCUGAUGUUAUAGGAUUCAACCGCAGCAGCAGCAACAGCUAGCUAGCAAAGUAAGCAGCACUUGGUUCACUAGGAUUGAAUGGGGUUUUGGGAGGGUUCGUUGUUAGAAAAAUUCAUAGUUUGCGUGUUUAUAAAAAUGUUUUUUCUGAUAGGUCCUUUAUGCGUUCAUCAUCUUGUGAGUGACCUAUUUUGUUGGUGGUGCCGGAAAAGGGG